AGCAGUAGUCGCAUAGAUACAGUAGGAAUAAAGCAAAAGAAAUGAAAGUCUGUUCAACCGGAAAAAUAAUCACCGGAAGCAAAGUCUCCGAAACCAGUCGCGUCGAAGUUGUGUCAUGUUGAGGACACUGUCUCCUUUCAUCUGUUGGCAAUGGACCAGACGUUGAGGAAAGGACGCAUAUCAUGGCCACGGUAGUAGAUCACUUCCCGUCUCGCCCUCUAUGUCCUUCGCCGCGUUUCCAUUGGACUCUGUCGGCUUGACGCCUCAUCAGCUAGCGGCAUGUACACGAGGUGAGAUCGAUAGACUUCCCUUCGAGUCCGCAUAGGUUGUUUGAGGUCUUGGGAGGAAAUUGACGACCUAUGCUAGCUGGAUUGUCUACCGCAACGGAUAUACUCACGCCAUCGCCUGCAGAGCUCAAUCGGAAGCUCAAAUUCCACAAGCUUGAAGCGGUGCAUGCGCUAGUGGAUGCCGUUAGCCGAGGUAUAUCGCCGGUCACUGGGAGACUCGAUGAAUUGCUGGAUGCUGAGGCGCGAUUUGGGCUUGUGAGAUAUGGAAGUGAGGAAGCGGGACCUUCGAGGUCAUUGAGAGAUGGCCGAAACGAGCAGGAAGGCUUAGAGAAUCCGGAUUCUCUUGUUCUGACGUGGGGUCAAGGUGAUUGGGUCGGGACUGGAGAUGCGGAGUUUGAUCUGGCUCUAGGUGGUGGUUUGAGAAUAGGGACCAUCACAGAAAUUACUGGAGAGAGUGCCGCUGGGAAAUCUCACUUGACGCUCUCAUUAGCCAUCACGGCUCAGCUGUCGGCCUGCACUACUCGGCCUGGAGGUGUCUUACUGCUUGCUUCAGAGAGGGAGAUCUCGACAGAUCGACUGGUACAGUUGGCAAAGACGACGCUAGCGAAGAGCAAUGACAACAGGGAUCGCCCCAAUGUGAAAUCCUUACUUGACAAUGUUCUUACUUGUCAGGUGAACGAUGUAGAAUCGCUCGAGCAUGCUCUAUCAUACAAAGUGCCUAUGAUGCUGGAGUCGAGGUCGACAAUCAACCAUUCAGCCUCGACAGAUCAGCGUCCUGGCGAUACCGCCACGAGCGCUACCCGACCUAGCUCGCAUACACCGAUCCGACUCCUCAUCAUUGACUCGUUGACUGCGCUGGUCAGAGGAUCCGAUACGUAUGGUCAGAACAGUACGGCUGGUCUUACACUUCGUUCUCGACAUCUAUGCUCUAUAUCGGACAAGCUCAAAGCCCUUGCUGCGCAAUUCAAAUUAGCCAUAGCAGUCGUCAACCAGGUCUCGGACGUUUUUGCUCGACCCCCACCGCUGCCCAGCUCUCUCGCGAAUGGAUCUCAAAAAUCUUCCCAAUUAUCUCAAUAUUAUUCCGACUAUCCUGAACCGCCUAUGCUCUACGCUACCCAGGCCCGAUGGUUCUCUGGGCAGAGUGACACGUUACUCAAGGAAGCCAGUCUGGGCAUAGUAUGGGCCAAUGCUGUCAAUGUCCGAAUCAUGAUGUCACGGACGGGCCGACGACGAUUGCUGAAUCAGGAGGACCUUCAGCCCAUUUCGAGGAAGAAGCUUCGAGAGCAGAUGGUGCGGAAACAAGAGACCCUCGCAGUGUCUCAACAGAGUGGCUCCGCACUAGCUCUGGAUGCACACGAUAUGGGCUUGAUGGUCGAUGUAGAUGCUGUCAAACCGACCUUGAUCAGGAGAUUCCAUGUGGUCUUUUCGCCAUUCGCUCCGCCCAGUACAGUAGAUUAUGUCAUCACACCCAGUGGGAUACACGCCUUGCCGGAGAGCUAUCGGUUGCUGCAGACACAAAAGAAGAGCAAGAACCGAAAACGGAGAUCCGAGCAGAUAGAUGACGAAGAUGUAGAAGAGGACGAAGAGGGCGAUGGACGCGAUCAAGUACCUUUAAAUGCGACUAAAGCCGCUCAGGGUAUCAGCGGCGACGUGGAUGACGGUAUAGUGCCCGGCUCAGAUGACUUGUACGCCGAGGUAUUCGAUGACUUGGGAGACGUCCCGCCUGAAUUCUGGGAUGGAACGUGGGAUGAGCGAGCGUUGGAUUAUAAUGGUGUAGAGAGUCAAGAUAGGGCCGCUGUGAGAGUGCUAGACGCUGGUGUUGUUGUAUCUCAUCCUGAGGGCAUGUAGGCAUUACAUUGAAGAUGGAGCGAGCGCGGUG